AUGGCGCGCCCCGAAGUAGCCCUUCCGGCAAUCCGUGCCUGCAUUUUUGAUCUAGAUGGGCUUCUCAUCAAUUCUGAAGACAUGAUUACUCUGGCCACAAACCAACUCCUUGAAAAGUACGGAAGGCCAGCUUUCACUCCGUCAAUUCGAGCCCAGCUUAUGGGUGUUCCGGACUCCACAAACAGCGACAUAUUCCAUAACUGGGCGAAAUUGCCCAUUCCCCGUGAGCAAUUUGCCCGUGAAUUGAAGGACCUGAUGGGAAGAAAUUUCCAAAACUGUACACCACUACCUGGUGCGGAGGCUAUUUUGUUGAACCUUAGUCGUGGAAGUAAUCCUUCUGGGGACAGGAUUCAGCUGGCGCUGGCAUCCAGCACCAAAAGCCAAAGCUACAAGAUGAAAAUGUCAAGAUCAGAAACAAAACAGCUAUUAAGCUUCUUUCAACCUGAUAGACGGAUCCUAGGUGAUGACUCACGGGUCCGACAGGGUCGAGGCAAGCCGGAGCCUGACAUUUAUUUAAUCGCACUACAGUCACUGAAUUCAUACUCAGAUGACGAUCUCAUUUUGCCAAGCGAAUGCUUGGUAUUCGAGGAUAGCGUGGCUGGAGUAGUGGCUGGAAGACGGGCUGGGAUGAGGGUUGUUUGGGUACCCCAUCCAGAUAUGGUAGCCGAGUAUCGGGCUAGUCAGAAGGAUGUCUUAGCCGGAAAGACCGGAAAGUUUGAAAGAGGAGAUGACUGGCAAGUAGGAGAGGUUGAUGACGGCUGGGCUGAAGCCAUAUCAAGUCUGGAAGAUUUCAGCUAUGAGAAGUACGGUAUCGAUGUGCAACCUUGA